UAAAAAGAAACAGCUCCAUUGCAAAACUCAGCUAUUUCACACAGGUCUCAGCCCCUACAUACUGAUUUACCAUUCUGAUCUGCUGCACUGGUUUUCUAAGCAGAAUGUUUUUACUUGUUUCAAUGCUCUUUGGCAUACAGGCGCUUUGCUCCUGGGCUGCCUCUCCUCCUGCCAGAGAAGCAUCGACUGCAUUGCUUUCCCCGACCUGUGAUGACACUGCCGUAGAGGAGGCUGCAGAUCUGGCUCUUCGCCAGAUCAAUGCUGACCAAAAAGAGGGCUACAUACUCAGUCUCUACCGAAUUUUCAGUGUCCGAGAACAUCCUCAGGAGAUCUCUGGUUCUGUCUUCUAUCUCAUUUUGGAUGUAGUAGAUACUGAAUGCCAUGUACUCAGCAAAAAGUUGUGGAAGAACUGUAAGGCCAGAUUUGCUCAUACAACGGUUUAUGGUCAAUGCAAAGCAGUUAUCUACAUUAAUCAGGCAAGAAAUAUUGCUCAUCUGAAUACUUAUGAGUGCAUUUUACAACCAGUUCCGCCCAGAUAUAUUUGGUCAGUAUGUCCUGACUGCCCAGUUGAUGACAGUCCAGCUGAGCCCAAAUAUUUGGAGACUGCUGUUCAAAGCCUUGACAAAUUCAAUGAAGAGAGUGAACAAACUCAUUAUUUCUCUGUCCUCAAUGUCACAAGAGCUUCAAUGCAGUGGGUCACUGGUCCAGCACAUUUUGUAGAGUUUUUAAUUCAGGAGACAUCCUGCUCCAAAAAUGACACUAUCGCUGACAUCUCCAAGUGCAAGCCACUUUCAUCAGAACUAGCUCAAAUAGGUUUCUGUAAAGGCUCUGUAGUGAACAGUCACUUGGAACACAAACAGUUCAUCACAAUAUCCUGUGAAAUCUACAGUCUGCAGGAUCCUGCCACUGAAGAGGGGAAACAGCAAGCUCAUCAGACACCUGGAAAAUCCAGCCAGAGUCAUCAAGAAGCUUUCCCUUCAGAAACCAAUCCUUUCUCUCCACACUUAGAAAAAGCAGUGGGCUGGGUUAAAAUUUUACCCCCUUCAACUGAGGACAUCUCUUUCCCAGACCUACAAGAAAGUCAAAAUGAACAUAAAGAUGGAAAGCCCGUUCCAUCUGAGGCUGCAGGAUCUACACCCAGCCAUGAUGGAGAAAAGACUAAAGCAGACAAACUAGACUUGACCAAACCAGUCACUGGACCAGUUAUUCUCCCUUUUCCCAAAGAACUUUCUCUAUCAGACUCGUGCCCAGGACAAGCAAAGCAGGUGAAUUCCAUCCUCCAGCCUUUGCUGCCUAAAAAGCCUACUAAAGUCUAGCCAGCAUCCAAUCCCCCCAACUAUCUGCAAUAAAAUAGUGGUCACAAGGUCAACCAUGUCUUUCAAUUUGCGCAACAUCUUUAAAUAAAUUGUAUAUUACAGUCAUCUUCUUUGGAGUUCUCAGUUUUAAGAAAGCGCAAUAACACAUUAGAAAAAGAAAUUUAACUGAGGCAUUUUCCAGCAGCAGAACUUGGCUUAUAAUUCUUGAAUUCCUCCCAUCAGUAAGAUCGUGAAGGAAAGGUAACUGUGGAGGUAACAGAACUCACAGGGCUGAGACAGCCCAAAGGCAUCAGGAAAAAAAAGUAUGGUCAGUAGCAAAAGUCUGUCAGGGCACAGUAUAGGGAUGGCUGCUCCCCAAGGGACGGUGAAACAGAACCGAGUGUGGUAACCAGGCUGGCAGGGCACGGAGACUCUCCUGUGGUACCCUAAGUGAGGCAAGCAGGGCAGACCUUAGCCUGUUUUUUUAUUUCCCAUGGAAGAUCUCAAGAAAGGUUAUUGUUUUCCUAGUGCUUUAUACCCUUGCUUAAAGAAAGUGGAAAAAGCUACCCAUGUGUGAAAUCGCUGCACCUAAUUCUGGCUGGUGGAAAAAUCAAGCCCAGACUAAUUCUUAAGCUUUACUGACUCUGCUGUGCAUGAAAAAAAUAUGAUUUACAAAAUCAGCCUAAUUCUUUCUUGAGAUGGGUUACAUUAACUGCCUUAUAAUAAAAACCACAGGGAUGCUUUACAGCCUGUAGCUAAGAAAAAUCAAUUUUCCUGAAGCCAGACAUAGCAACUGUACUGACAAUAACAAAUAUAAAUAAAUGAGGAGACAAGAAGAGUGAACAUGGGAAAGAAAUGUCAUUUGUGGCCAGAUGUACACUGAUGUUUGCAAUAAUUAUGGGACUCAUACGAGAACACAGAGCCAUUCUUGAGUUGCCACUAGAUCUGUAAAAUCAUUUGUUCAAAACAAAGUUAAUAAAAUAUUGUUGUUUCUGAAGCUUUCAUGCUGCUGAAUCAUCCCUAGAGAUGCUGUGAAGUUUCUCUAUUCGAAAUCUUUCAACAAAAAAAUAUGGCUGUUAAAGUAU